CAGUACCACGUCAUACGUGGGGCUAUUGGCCCUAAAAACCCCUCCCCAACCGAGUCGGAGUCCGGAAAUUCGCGUCCAUCGAGACGUCUUCGGCAACUGUUUCUCUCUCAACCAUUAAACGUAGUCCACUCUCUUUCUCUCCUCCGAAAAACGGCCUUUUUUUCUCUUUGCUUUCUCCCCCGCAAAACCAGAUUCCCUUUCCGAUCCCGAAAACCAGAUCGGACGGUGUAGAUUCUAUGGCGCGGUUGCCCCGGCAGCGGCAGAACUUUCCCAAGGACGAUGACGAUCCUCCGACGCCGGAGUCCUGCAGAUGGGCGGAGGCAGCCUCUAUCCACCUCGAUCCGCAUCCGGUCAGGGAAACGGGAGAGUCGGCGAGGGGAGAAGCUUCGCCGGAGAAGCCCAUCCGCGUGUAUGCUGACGGAAUCUACGAUCUCUUCCAUUUCGGACACGCUCGGUCGCUCGAACAGGCGAAGAAAUUGUUCCCCAACACAUACCUACUUGUUGGCUGCUGCAACGAUGAAGUAACUCAUAUGUACAAAGGGAAAACUGUUAUGACCGGAGAUGAGCGCUGUGAAUCUCUUCGUCACUGCAGGUGGGUUGAUGAGGUUAUUCCUGAUGCACCAUGGGUUAUCACACAGGAAUUCAUCGACAAGCACAAAAUAGAUUACGUGGCGCACGACUCUCUUCCAUAUGCUGAUGCAAGUGGAGCUGGCAUGGAUGUCUAUGAAUUCGUUAAAGCCGCAGGAAAAUUCAAGGAAACACAACGCACGGAUGGGGUUUCUACAUCAGAUAUUAUAAUGAGGAUACUUAAGGACUACAAUCAGUAUGUAACACGAAAUCUAGCCCGUGGAUAUUCAAGGAAGGACCUUGGUGUGAGCUAUGUGAAGGAGAAGCAGCUGAUAGUGAACAUGGGGAUAACCAAGUUGCGUGAGAAAGUGAAGGAGCAUCAGGAAAAGUUGCAUACAGUGGCAAAGACAGCUGGUAUGCAUCAUGGCGAGUGGGUAGAGAAUGCAGAUCGCUGGGUCGCAGGUUUUCUUGAGAAGUUUGAAGAAGGGUGCCAUAUAAUGGAAACUGCGAUUAAAGAUCGAAUUCAAGAGAGCCUGAAGAGGCAACAGGCCAAAUCAAUGACGAACCUUCUGCAAGAACCAGAGUCAUCUUGAGAUUCUCAACCGCUUUUGUUCAAUGACAAACCUUCUGCAAGAACCAGAGUCAUCAUGAGAUUCUCAACUGGUUUUGUUGAACGCUGCCUGUUUCCAUAACCGAGUGACAGUCGGUAUUCUUUUCUCACUGUUCUCUUUUAUCUUCUACUAGAAUUGGUGGUGUUGCUUCCACCGAAAAUGGCAUACACUCUACUACAGCAGUACAGUGACAACUGUAAGUUUGCUGCUUAAAUAUUUUUUUCUUGUAGUGUAAAUCUAUAUUUUUUUUGAAGUGUAAAACUAUAUUAGAAACAGUAAAAACAAUCAGACGAAUAUCUCCAAUAUCCAAGGUUUGGAUGGCUGUAGAAGCCACAUUUCUCCAAUUUAUUCAUUAUUUGAUA